CUUGGGUUGAAGCUGUAAAUGCAGCAUUUAGCUACCAUCAUGCUAAAGAGUUAGCCACGAAGCAAAGCAGUUACAUGUAUUUAUGGCCAUGAGCCUCACUUUACUUUAUGCGGUGUGUUUAAUGAUUACAUGUGGUGUAAUUGGACGCAAGACUGUUAACAACAGCGUGAUUCCAAUUACAAGUGAAUGUGGAGGAUUUCAUAGAGCAACUAGCUAGCUAACGACUGUUAGCUCGCCAAAACAGUUAGCUUUGGCUAGCUACCUGCCAUAUUAUCUAUCCAUCUGCAAGCUAUCAGUCGGCGUCUCGUCGUGGGACACUAAAAAGGGAAAACCAUGGAUAAGGCGGAUUUCUUAAAGGGUCUCCCCGUUUACAACAAGAGCAACUUCAGCCGGUUCCAUGCAGACUCUGUGUGUAAAGCAUCGAACCGAAGACCGUCCGUGUACCUCCCGACACGUGAGUACCCCUCAGAACAGAUUAUUGUCACAGAGAAAACCAAUAUCCUCCUGCGUUACCUUCAUCAUCACUGGGACAAAAAGAACGCAGCGAAGAAGAGGGAACAGGAGCAAGGAGAGGGAGGGGGUCCAGCACCUCCAUGCAAAAUCGCCAGGACAGAUAGCCAAGAGAUGAACGAGGACUCUUAGGAGUGUGUGUGUGUGUGUACGGAUGCGUGCAUCUGUGGAGGAAGCACACGGACAGGCCCACCAUGACAGACAUGAAGACAAACAAUCUGAGAAAGAGUCCGCCCAGGUUUGGGAAAGACAAAACAUUUUUUUUUCUUUUUUUUGUUACCUUUUGCAAAAAGCUUCCUGUCAGGUCCAGUGUUGUCUUCAGCUUCACUGCCCAGCCUUGGCCUCAUGGGGGCACUGCAACACCUUUCCACAGUUUGCUUCUGCAGACCCAAGUAUACAUUGUGAUUGUGAAUUGCUGCCUGCCACAACCCGGCCACCACAACAGGGGAAGAAACUACCCCCCCAUCUCCCAGACUUGUGUUAAUGUUCAAUAUGCAUUAUCUUCCAUGAUUCUGUUCUGAAUUUGUGUGUGUUUUGAAGUUUGUGCUGGCUUGUUUUACUGUACAUUUUAGGACUGAAUUCUUUCAUCUAUUGGCCCCCUACUGGUCAAUAGGGAUAACAUGACAAGUGACUCAACAGCUAACUAGCUUAGUUUGAAUGUUUGCAGCUUUCUGGCAAUGUAUGCUGUUAAAAAGGGUAUUAUAGAAUGGCAAGCCAAAUUGUUUUAGUCACCAGGUGUUGACUACUCACUUUACCAGAAUUGUUUGGAAUUUGUUUACACUGUAAUCGAUGUACCCAUAAUGUAUGUUUGAAGAUCUCACCUUACCAGCACAACCAAGUGAUAGCAGAGGUAGAGCAAAAAAUAGAAGCCUAUGUCAAUAUGAGGGGUGGUGAGAGAAUGUUGUAUUCAGUAUGAAGACCUGUGUAAAUACUAUAGCCAGUGGCAGCUGUUAGAUAUUAAGAUCUAGGCUUUAUAUUUCUCUAAAGAACAUGACAUUGCAUCUGACUUUUGUCAAAUAAAUAUAUGUAGCUACAUGGCUAUAAUAAGUAUUUUGUGUAAAUACUUAUUAUGGGGGGGGGGGUUAUGUGGAGAAGAGGAUACAGGGAUAUAUACCACAGGAGGUUGGUGGCACCUUAAUUGAGGAGGAUGGGCUCUUGGUAAUAGCUGGAGCGGAAUCAGUGGAAUGGUAUUAAGUACAUAAAACACAUGAUUUCCAUGUGUUUGAUGCCAUUCCAUCUGCUCCAUUCCGGGCGUUAUAAGCCGUCCUCCCUUCAGCAGUCUCCUGUGGUAUAUAAGUAACAGACCACUGCCAUGGAAUGCAUGAACAGAAAGGUGCAGUCACCAUCCUGCCUUGUUCCAGAGAUUCAGCUUGUACUGGUGUUGUACUACUGUACAAUACUACACUGAAUUCUGGAGUUUAUUCAGAAUGCUGCAGAUAGAAAUGUAAUGAAAAGAGCUGACGAGUAGUAUCUGCUCUAUAUUAUACAUUUGUAUGCACUUUUAUGUUGGACCCUUCUGAACAGGCCCCAGACCUUUGUUAAUGUUUACGCUGCCCAACAAAGUCACGGCAAGUCUAUUUUCCCCUCAGCUCCAGAUGCUGCAAUCGAUGUGAGUUUCCUACUGUAUCUGCCAUUGAAGUGUAAAGACCUGCUCUACUCUUCUGCUAGACUAGACUGUUCUGAAUAUCCACUCUUUGCCUCACCCUGUUUUAUUGUAUAUUAGGUCAAACUUUAUUUUCAGCUUGGCUCCAAUAAAAGCAGUGAUCAAAAAGUAA